CUAGGCCUAUAACAUUGUCUCGCGUCAUUUUUGGCUACUUUUUACGCUUUUUUGCAGUGCUGAAUUGUGCAGCUGCCGACUUAAAAUCAAAACUUCCCAGUGUCUCUCCACAACUUGCAAUGCGCAUAAGCCGCGUAACCUUGUUCUCCGCAAGGCGACUUCGCUGCUUCGUCUUGAUCCGAUUCUGCAGCGAGAACCCCCUCUCUGCAGGAACACUCGAGACAGGGAUUACACAGGCUAUCUUGGCGAGCUUGGUCCACUCUGGAUACGUUUCGUUGAAAUCACAUAUGAGGACUUCGCAGGCUGUGGAGAAAUGCAAUCCUCCAUAGCCACGGAGCACUGUCAUGACAGCGAGGGCAUCACGUCGCAGGCUUACGGUAUCGAUAAGAGGAGCGGUGUCCGCAGUUAGGGGGGCGGGGCCGGGAUUAUUAGGCAGUUUUAAUCUGACAAUUUGACCGGAGAGAUUUAAUUUUGUUGGACAUUUAAUUUUUUUCCCGGCCAAUGUCCGGUAAUUACCGGACAACGGAAACCCUGGUUUAUAAUUACGUUUGUGUAUGUUUGCAUUUUAUUGUUGUGGAUUACUUGGCACAUUGAAUUGAUCUUUUACAAAUGUGCAGGAAGGUACAAAGGAGCUGAAUCUGAACAACAUGCUCUCACUAUCAAUGGAUGGGCCCGCUGUAAACUGGAAGUUUCCUGAACUCUAACAAGAGGAACACAGAGAGCAGUGUGGUGGAGCCCAACUACAAAUAAUUGGGAGUUGAGGCCUUCACACAAUGCACAACUCGUUCAAGAACGGCUUCGCAGUGUGGCAAGUUGAGAAAGUCCUGAAAGCCCUGCACUACCUGUUUCAUUGUGCACCUGCAAGGAGAGAGGACUUUUCCUCUGCCAUUUUGCGGACAUCGAUGGCUGGAAAACCUUCCAGCAGUGGAGCGAGCCAUUGAAAUUUGGCCAUAUAUUGUCACCUAUGUGGAUCAGGUCAAAGCCAAGAAGCUCCCAAGGUCAUCGUCAUACGACACCAUCGCAGAAGCCCGGAUGGAUCACUUCAUCUUGGCAAAGUUACACUUCUUCAUGAGUGUCUCAAGAAGUUUUCAGCCAUUUCUCACAAAGUACCAGACAGAUGCCCCGAUGAUUCCCUUCCUCAGCAGAGAUUUGGAGGAUCUAAUCAGGAGCCUUCUCAGACGCUUCAUAAAGCGAGAGGUCCAGGUUGAUGUUUCCCCAGUAAAACUGGUCAAGCUUGAUGUGACAGACCAAAAGCUUUGGGUCAGUCCAAAGCAAGUGGACAUUGGCAUGGGAGCCACAGCUGCCCUCAAGGGAAUGUCAGGCAGUCAGAGUGGUGGAAGUGAGCGUGAGGUGUUACUGUUCAUGCGAGACAGCCAGAGUGCCCUGUCAAAAAUUUGUCAGAACCUUCUAUUGAAGUGCCCCCUGAAGUACCCCUCUGUCCGAAAUAUGAUGUGCCUGGACCCCCAAAAUAUGCACAAAGAACCAGACAUGUGCCUGCAAAAAAUUAAGGCCCUCAUCAUGAAAUUUGUGCAGGAUAAGAAGCUGUCAGGAGGAGUCACAGCAGGUGAUAAGAUUGCCCAACAAUUUCAGAAGUUCCUCUUCAGUGAGGCCAGAGGAGAGGAAUUCAUGGCCUUCAGUGCAUUGGAUGGAAAAUCGCGAGUUGACAGCUUCCUGCAUAAGGCCAUGAAUGGAUAUGCAGAACUUUGGAGCUUUGUGGAAAAGCUGCUGCUUCUGUCCCAUGGACAAGCUACUGUGGAGCGUGGGUUCUCCAUAAACAAGGAGGUGGAGAUGUGCAGUAUGAACGAAGACACUAUAGUCUCACAGAGACUAAUCUGCAACUAUGUGAGGAUGUGUGGUGGAGUGGUCAAAGGGCCUCUAACUAAAGAGCUGCUAAAUGAGUGUGCAUCUGCAUGCAACCGGUACAGGAUAUUCUUGGAAAAUGAGAGGCAAAAGAGAUGAACAAGAGAAAAGGGGUUGAAGAUGAGCUUGAGGAGCUACGCAAGAAAAGAAGAACUGUGUGUGAAACUCUAGAAAAGGAUGCAGAUGGCCUUGCAGAGAAGGCUGAGAAUACAGCAGGGACCAAGAUGGCAGAACUUAUCACUAAAUCUAAUUCCAUGAGAAAAAGAUGCAAGGAAAAGAGAAGGGAGUUGGUGGACCUAGACCAUGAAAUUGAGAAGAGAGCAGCAGAGCUAUGCCACAUGUCUUGAGGAGAAUUUGGGAUGUUACAAAACAAAGGGUUUCUCAUUAAAAGUCAUGUUAUAACAUUUGUGUUUUCUAACAGUUAUGUAGAUUAUUUGUCAACUUUUUGGCUUGUGGAAGGCUGUUUUGAGGACUUUCAUUAUUGAGCUUAUUUUCAGUAUUUUAUUCUAUAUGGUUCCUUCAUACAAGGCAUUGUGUUGUUUAGUGUAAUCCAAUUUAUCUAUGUUACGUUGUCUCUGUUCUACAUCACAAAGGAACAAAAACAAGAAAAUAAAAAG